GCCGCGUCACUGACUGAAUGUCAUUGGAUUUAUAAAUACGAUCAGCUCCAGAAAUAGGUGGCUACAGGUUUUCCAGGCGUACCGACUAAAAUAAAGUAGCCUGGAUUCGGUUAACAAUAUUAUUGUCUUGAGCGUACGCGGCGACCGACAAUAGUGAGUCUCUCUGCUUUCGCUUUUGCUUUCCUAUUAUUUUAAUUUGUGUCGCUAUGGAUGAGGAUGAAAUGCAACAGUUUUCUUUGCGCUGGCAUAAUCACCAGAACAGUGUGAUCGGCGCCCUAGGGCGCAUGCUGAGCACCGGAUCCUUGACGGAUGUGACCUUGAAUGCCAGCGGGACUUCGCUGCGAGCCCACAGGCUGGUACUGGCAUCAUGCAGCCAGUACUUCGCGCAACUUUUCAUGGAGGUGGAGGCUGAAAACACCCUCGUCGUAGUCUUAAACUGCGAAGCUACGGAACUGCGGCUAUUGCUGACGUUCAUGUACACGGGGGAGGUCACGGCGUCUAAGGAGGUGCUGCCUUCGCUACUGCGGCUCGCGCAGACCCUCAAGGUGUCCGGGCUGACCGAUGCUGACACUAACCCAACGCCACAACCAACCGAACCAGAACCGCAGGAAACCCGACAAUCCCCAACUUGCGAGUCCAAACCCGACUUUGCUGAACCAAAAAUCUUCGACGAACCAAUAGAGAAAGAAUAUACGAGCGGGAUGAACGAUGUGAUCAGAAAUGAGAAGGACAGACUGAGCAAGCUGGAUCAGAUUGUGCAGAAUUUGUACAGUACACAUAAGAUUGGCAGUCCAGUUGGGAAUAUGGCGCCUCCGAUUAUGCCUAAUUUAGCAGAUCCCCCGGAGUCGUUCGACCGCAAAUGGCGCCUCAACAGCUCAGUGUGUACCAUCUGUCACAAGCGGCUCAGCAACCAGUACAACCUGCGAGUACACAUGGAGACGCACGCCGGUCGGCGGCACGCAUGUCGCGCUUGUAGCCACGUGUCGCGGUCGCGCGACGCGCUCAGGAAACACGUUGCGUACCGACACGCCACUAACAGAGAUAAGGCGAUCUGACGUGAUAAACUAGUGUCAUAGAAGUCGGCAAACUGCAGCUUGCGAGCUGCAUGCGGUUCAUUCGGGUACAAUAGAAAAGUUGACUGUAUAAUAAUACAUUACGAUACAAGUGCGAAAAAUAGAAAAUUCGAAACGAGUGGCGAUAAAUUAAAACGCGACCGAAGGGAGUGUUUUAAAUCGACACGAGUUCCGAAUUACCUAUUCGCACAUGUAUUGUACAACGUUUUACAGUACAUAUGGCCCUUAAAAUUUUCGACAUAAUUACGUAAUGUGAUAAUUAUCGCACUAGUGCGGUAAAGUAGCACCAUAUGUACUGUAAAAUAAAUUAUUUCACACCAUGAACUAGAAAAUUAUUAGAAAAACUUUGAUCGUAGUUCUUUUUUCUAUUUAAUAAAUCGUAAAGAACUAUUAGUAACUUAACAAUGACGUCACAGUCACACAUCUGUGUUUUAUAUAAUAUCCUUAAAUUCUAGUGGUUAAUCGUUUUGACAGUUUAACAAAAAAUGCUGAUUUUACUUGUCAGUAAAAUACCCUAUUGUGGGUUUUCUAGUAUCCCGCAAAAUACCAUUUAGACAAAUUAAGAAGUUGAUUUUUGAACGCGAGCUUAAACAUUUUAUGAUGUGUUUGGCAUGCUUAACCGAAAUAGACGAUGAAAGCGUUCAGAAACGAAAUCCUAACUUCAAAAAUCGAUGAUCAAUGUUACCCCACGAAUCAAAGUAACCCCAGUUUACGGCAUUAAAGACGGUGCAGUUAGCUUAAACGGACUCUAGCUCUUCUGAAUGAUAGAAACUGAUGAUUUAUUCAAUACAAACUUUCGCCGUGACUGCAUUAAACAAUUGCCGACCCGAUCUAAGUUAUCUUUCAGUGAACUUUAGGUACAUGCUUAAAUUGAGCUUGCGGAUCAACCGCCGUAGUCUGAUAUACAUAAAAAAUAAGUGCAUUCUC